AAAGAGAGAUUGCGAAGAAUAUUUGUGGCGCUGACGUCAUAACACGUGUUUGGUACUUCUCUAUAUUCUUCCCGCUUCCGUUUCUGAAAGCUUGUGUACGGUUUCUCGAGAUAGAAAGAAAUAAAUCCAGAAAAUGGCCAAGUCAAAGAAUCACACAAAUCACAAUCAGAAUCGUAAAGCUCAUCGUAAUGGCAUCAAGAAGCCUAAGAGGUACAGACACGAAUCCACACUUGGUAUGGAUUUGAAAUUCCUGAGGAAUCAGCGCUUUGCCAAGAAGCAUAAUCUUAAACCGAAGGCUCAAAUAAAGAGGGCAGAGCAGCGAAAAGCUCUUCGUGAAGCUAAAAAACAGACAUAAAUACAUUAUGUAAACUAUAAUGAUUUUAUUAAAAUAAAUUU